AUGCCCAACGCGAAGCGGCUUAAAAACAGCGCCGCUGCGAAGGCCAGGGCUCCCACCCAGCAUGAAGAGCCUGUCGGGGAGCGCCCGACUCCCGCAGAGGUCGAGGAGGAGGAGCACCAAUUCGUCCAGGUCGCACGGACUCAUUGGCUGAAGAAGACAAAGAAGACGGCCAAGGUCAAGGUCAAGAACGACGUCCUCAAGCAAAGCAUCUGGGAGGUCCUUGAGCGAGAUGGCUUCCAGUACAAGUCAUUGCUUCUCUUGGAAAGCUUGCAGACCCUGGAAAGCUAUUUAUGGCCGGGGUAUACAGAAGAGGCCUCCAAUUUCCACGUCCUGUUGAUGGCGCUCAUCAUCAACGUCAAGCGUAGAGAGCACCUCGAGACUUGGAGCCUAUUUGAACAGAAACCCGAAGAGUUCUCUUCCUUCUUCCGUCGCGUACUAUCACUAACGCUCGAUCGAACGCUUCCGACGACCAUCCGUACAAAUCUGCUUUGUUUCUUGAUCCAUGCUUUCCAGAGCUUGGACUCUAGCAUUGUUAGAAGGGAUUGCGCUCCAUUGGUUUCUAUCGGUAUCUGGCACAACAUCUCGACGGACGAGGAACGAGACCGACUCUUGGACCAGGCGCCCCAGCUAAAAAAAUCCUGGAGAGCUUCUCAAAAGCGCUUCGACGCCGGCGAUGAUGCCAUCAAGGCUCGGCUGCGCUUUGAGCGCUCUUGGCUAUAUACCCUUCUCCUCGAUUUCCUGAGCUUGCUCUACGAAACGGAUCGCAAACCAGAACAAGAUUUGUAUUGUCAACGUUUUACCGAGUUCAUCACAGAUUUGCAAAGUCAACUACCGACGAGGCGAUAUGUCAAUGCCCUGCAAAACGAUUUGAAUCUCCUUCCAGCCAUGAGACUAUCUCCCAUGUACAAUGACGAAGCCAACGGCCUGUUCCGCGAUCUGCAAGCUCUACUUGCUCACUUUACAUACUUUGCGAUUGAUGACCAAACGGGCGCCCAGCUUACUCGUGAGGAAGCUUACGAAAAGCACUGCAAGGCGCUUGGUAGACUCCAGCGCACUGCCCUUAAGCACUUCAAAGGGAAGCUUACCGUUCUUGCCCUCUCCAACUAUGGCUCGAUCGACAAGCGGGAAGAGCUCAAGGCUCUCCUCGACGUGCUGACGGAUGAGGAGCUUGCGUCUCUAGCUGGGUAUCUAGGUAUCAGAACGACAUACCCAGCGGAUCUGAAACUUCCCACCGGCCGCCAGCUACAAACAGAGUGCAUGCUCAGCACGUUUGAACGCAAAAAGACCUUCCAAGAGCUUGCUCAGACCAUGUCGAUGGUCCCCACGGAAAAAACUCUGUUCGAUGCCAGCUUCCAAAGAGCAGACUCAUACGACGGAUCGUAUCCACUAGCACUACCCAAACUGAAUCUGCAAUACCUGUCUGCUGGAGACUUCCUUUGGAGAGCGCUUGUUCUUUACCGUUGUGAGGCAUUCUAUGGUAUCCGCAGAGAUAUCGAGACGGCGCUCCGCCGACUUAAACCGGAGAGCAGAAAGCCGGGCGAGACUCACUUUGCCGGUACCUCCAAGAUGGCGAUGCCGAUUUCCAAGCCAGCUAUCCUUGAGGUGGUUCCUGCCCUUAUUGGCGACUCCAAGCCUUCCAUGGUCAAGGCCGAGGUCUCGUUUGAUGUACGAAGGCUUGGCGAUCAUGUCCGCAAGGAAUGGGACUCUCUCCGGUCAGGCGAUGUGGUGUUCCUGCUGUCAGUGGAGCCGCCCGCAGAGAAUUCUAUCUCAGACGGGGCCUCUUUGAGUGAACUGGAACAAAUUGGUGUCGUGUCAGUGCGCGCUGCUGAGGUCAUCUACAGUGCAGAUGAAAAGGCCCGCCACGGAAAGGACUCCAGAAACCGUGAUGGCAAACGUCGCAUCGAGCUGAAACUUGAUUCACAAACAUAUACAAAGGAUGCUGCCCUUGCCGCUGCUGGCAAGGGAGACGUAUAUGGCAAUGUGAACCUGCUUCUCAGAAGAGGUCGUCGGGAAAAUAACUUCAAGCCUGUUCUCGAAUCCAUCCGAAACCUCGUUCUCUCAGAUGCGCCUCUACCUGGCUGGCUACAUGAAGUAUUUCUAGGCUACGGUGAUCCAGCGGGCGCAAGCUACAAAACCCUCCCGAGCCGAAUCAAGACUGUCGACUACAAUGACACGUUUUUGGAGUGGCAGCAUCUCAUUGAGAGUCUGCCAGGCAAGACUGUGGAGCCAAGCGAUGACGUGGACGGUAGUUUCGGGCCACCUUAUGUAUUGGAGACAUUGGACAGGCCAGAAGUCCAAGCACCGGUAAAGGCUUCGAAGAAGAGACGCCGGGAUGCCGAGCCAGUGACGACAGUCGAUGUGGAAACACUGAAAGUCACGACAUACAAGCCGCCAAACCAGGGCCCAUACCCAAUUGAUGCACCUAAACUGAACUCUGUUCGCUUCACGCCGGCUCAGGUUGAAGCUAUUAUUUCCGGUUCUCAGCCUGGCCUGACUGUUGUUAUUGGACCACCGGGAACUGGCAAGACGGAUGUGGCGACUCAGAUCAUCCACAACAUCUAUCACAACUUCCCCAAGCAAAAGACGCUUUUGAUCGCACACAGCAACCAGGCGCUGAACCAGCUCUUUGCCAAGAUUAUCGCGCUUGAUAUCGAUGAAAGACACUUGCUUCGACUUGGCCAUGGCGAAGAGGAACUUGCUGCCGAGGGAAGCUUCAGCAAGCACGGUCGUGUUGACUCAUUCCUUGAUAACCGCGCGCGCUUCCUGUUUGAAGUGCGAAAGCUCGCCAGCAGCUUAGGCGCACCCGGUGCUCACGACAACUCCGCCGAGACAGCGGGGUACUUUAACACAGUCUACAUCCAGCCGGCCUGGAAAAAGUUUGAGCAAGUCAUCGCCUCGGAUGAAUCAUCGGUGGCACAGAUUAUCGACGCUUUCCCCUUUCACAUCUACUUUGGGGACGCUCCGCAGCCCCUCUUCCCGCCAGAGGCUGAGCGCGCGCAGAUCAUUGACAUUGCACAAGGCUGUUAUAGACACAUUGCGAAAGUCUUCUCGGAGCUGGCCGACAUUCUGCCAUUCGAAAUCCUGCGUCGAGAGCGAGACAAGGCAAACUAUUUGCUGACAACCGAGGCGCGCAUCGUCGCCAUGACCACCACACACGCCGCCAUCAGGAGAGGAGAGAUAGCUGCUCUCGGUUUCCACUAUGACAACGUUGUAAUGGAAGAGGCUGCGCAGAUUACAGAGAUUGAGUCGUUUAUUCCGCUGGCCAUGCAAAAACCCGUCAAUGGGAAGCUGCCUCUGCAAAGAGUUGUACUGUGUGGCGAUCAUUUACAGAACUCGCCUGUCAUCCAGAGCCUUGCGUUCCGACACUACGCCAACCUGGAGCAGUCCCUGUUCUCGCGAUUUGUUAGGCUCGGUGUACCAACAAUUUCACUUGAUCAGCAGGGCCGCGCCCGCCCAUCGAUUGCGCGCUUGUAUCAGUGGCGUUACUCCAAGCUGGAUAAUCUGCCCAAGGUGUCCACCAAUGCGGAAUUCAAGCAAGCCAAUGCAGGUUUCAAGUUUGACUUUCAGUUCAUCAAUGUGCCCAACUACAAGGGCAAGGGCGAGAUGGAGCCGACGCCACACUUUAUCCAGAACUUGGGCGAGGCCGAGUAUGCUGUUGCCAUCUACCAAUACAUGCGACUACUUGGCUACCCCGCGGACAAGAUCAGUAUUCUCACGACGUAUUCGGGACAGAGAGCACUUGUUAGAGAUGUGCUAUCCCAUCGCUGCGCGAGAAACCCCAUCUUUGGCAUGCCCAAGGCUGUUGCUACUGUGGACAAGUACCAAGGAGAACAGAAUGACUAUGUGAUUCUUUCUCUUACCCGUACGUCACGAGUCGGAUACUUGCGUGACGUGCGCCGCAUGACUGUCGCCAUGUCCCGUGCCCGUCUCGGACUGUACAUUCUCGGACGCCGUGAAAUAUUCGAGGCGUGCCACGAGCUCCGACCCGCCUUUGACAUUCUCUUGUCACGUCCGGACAAGCUGAUGCUUGUGACGGGCGAGCUGUGGCCUGCGCAGCGCCCCGCCCUUGCGCUAGAAGACGGCGGCGCUGCUGGCCAGGUGGAGAAUGAGGUGGUAAUGGAGGGCGUCGAGCAUCUGGGCCAGUACGUGUUUGAGAUGACGAGCACCAAAGCGAAGCAGCUAGAGUCGGAGAACAAGAUGGUGGAUGUGGUGGAAACGAUUAUGGAAGAGGAUGGCGAGGGUGACGAGGAAGAGCAAGACGAGACGGAGGCGACGGACUAUGACGGCGUGAUCGAGCCGGAUAUCCAAAACGUUCGCGAGGCAGAGCGAAAUAACGGUCAUGGGCACGAGUGA